CUGCUGUCAGAGUGUUGGGCUGGAAUGGAGAUUUUUCCUGGUGGAUGUGGCCUGUGCUGCAGCACAAAAGGGUUAAGCUGAGGUUGGUGUUUAUGUAACCAAAGAGGGAACUCCCAGAGAUGAGUCUUUGGCUAUCUCAUGUGUUGAUGCAUCAGAAGGGCUUGAAGAAAGCCUGGCUUGUUGCUUGAGCCUAGUUACGCACUGGAACCCUGUGCUUCAAAGUUUCCCUGGCUGCUGGGGGCGGGGGGGGCAGCCAGGAUGGAAUUUGCUUUCCCUGCUGUGUGACUUGGCCUGUGGAAGCCUUUUUUGUCCCUGAGGAGCUGGAGACUGACCACAGCUGGAUGUGGGUGGAGAGUCCUCGACCUUUUGCCCAUCCAGCCUUCUCCAAGGUGACAACUCCUGCCUCCUGAGACGUUGGAAAACCUAGUUUGGAAGAAGAGUAACGAUACAGUUGAUGCUGAACUACGUGAGUCCUCAGAGCCAAGGAUGAAGCGGCGAGCAUCAGACAGAGGAGCUGGGGAAACAUCCGCUAAGGCAAAGGCUCUGUGUGCGGGGAUUUCCGGGAAUAACGCCAAGAGAGCAGGUCCUUUCAUCCUGGGUCCACGUUUAGGUAACUCCCCUGUGCCAAGUAUUGUUCAGUGUUUGGCAAGAAAGGAUGGGACAGAUGACUUUUAUCAGCUGAAGAUUCUCACCUUAGAGGAAAGAGGUGAUAAAGGAAUAGAAACCCAGGAGGAGCGACAGGGCAAGAUGCUGCUGCACACGGAGUAUUCACUUCUUUCCCUGCUCCACAACCAGGAGGGAGUGGUCCAUCAUCACGGGCUCUUCCAGGCUCUGUGCAUGUGCCCUGGAGCUUCCCUGAGGGGUUGCUGCUGUGUUUGCCUCCCCCAGGACCGAGCUUGUGAAAUCAUAGAAGAUCUCGAAGCCAACAGGAUGGUCAGGAAGAUGAAGAAGCGCAUUUGCCUGGUGUUGGACUGUCUCUGUGCUCAUGAUUUCAGUGACAAAACAGCAGAUCUGAUCAAUCUGCAGCAUUAUGUCAUUAAAGAGAAGAGACUCAGCGAGCGGGAGACCGUGGUGAUAUUUUAUGAUGUGGUACGAGUCGUAGAAGCAUUACACAAGAAAAAUAUUGUGCACAGAGACUUGAAACUAGGAAACAUGGUGCUAAACAAAAGAACUCACCGGAUCACCAUCACCAACUUCUGCCUGGGGAAGCACCUGGUGAGCGAGGAUGACCUGCUGAAGGACCAGCGAGGCAGCCCUGCCUACAUCAGCCCAGAUGUGCUCAGUGGCCGGCCAUACCGUGGGAAGCCCAGUGACAUGUGGGCUCUGGGGGUGGUGCUGUUCACCAUGCUCUACGGCCAGUUCCCCUUCUACGACAGCAUACCUCAGGAGCUCUUCCGCAAAAUCAAGGCUGCCGAGUACACCAUCCCCGAGGAUGGCCGGGUCUCAGAAAACACUGUGUGCUUGAUCCGGAAACUGCUGGUCCUGGACCCACAGCAGCGGCUGACGGCUUCUGAAGUGCUGGAUUCCCUCAGCUCCAUCAUAGCGUCCUGGCAGUCCAUGUCCUCACUGAGUGGCCCUUUGCAAGUGGUGCCGGACAUAGAUGACCAAGUGGCUAAUCCUGAAAACCCCCAGGAGGUGAAGGUGACGGAGGAGUGCUCCCAGUAUGAGUUCGAGAACUACAUGAGGCAGCAGCUGCUCUUGGCUGAGGAGAAGAACACCUUGCAUGAGGCCAAGAGCUUCCUGCAGAAGCGGCAGUUCGGGAACAUCCCGCUGGUGCGGCGCCUGGGCCACGACGCGCAGCCCAUGAACCCUUUGGACGCGGCCAUCCUGGCCCAGAGGUACCUCCGGAAGUAGCUUCCCAUGCCCCAAGAGCACGAGCACCACCCUGCAGUCUGCCCUCACCUCGCCUGCUCCAGCCUACAGCAAUACCGGUGUCCCACAACGGGGAAUAAUGUAGCAAUCCCAAGCUCUGUCCAGGGACACGCACUCACACCUGCUCCGGAGGGAGAAGACUUUUGGAAAAGCUAGUUUUGGAAGCAGCAACCUCUUGGCAUCUUCUGGAAUCUGUUUUUUAAAAUCGAAGCCUAGAUGACUAAUCUGCUUUUGAUCAUGACUGUAAUCUACCUCUCUUGUCUUUUUAACCAUGCUGUUCUCUGGAUCGAGCAAAGCCCGUGGGAAAGGAGGAGACUUCCAAGGGUGAAGCUGCUGGCACGGAGCCGUGGCCAUGCAGCACGGGGCUGGCCCGUGGCGCCCGCUCCGUGUGGUUUGAAUAAGCUUGGAUUUAUCAGGGUUUCUCGAAAGGCAGAAUUUCUUGAAACCUCCCACUUCCCUUCAUCUGCAUCAAAUCUGUUUUUGUUCUGACGUGCCACCUGGUCUGGCCGUGCUGGCCAGUCCUGUGUGGCCACCGCUGUGACCGGAGAGCCCGGCCACCACCUCAGGCAGGAGAUGAGGAGUCGUCCUGGCAGGGAUCAGAUCCUGUCCCCAGUUCAAAGGUUUUCCAGGACUUGACCUGCCAGGGCCCCUGCCCCCUCUCCCACCUCUCACUGAUUCCUUUAGUUUCUAAAGAUCUAUGAUUUAAUAUUAUUUUUCAGUAGCAUAUCCCAGGUGCAGUUACAGUUGCAUUAAUUCCCCCUCAGUUGUGGUACAGAUGUAAUAUAUGAGUUAUAAUGUGAAAAGCUUCCCAAAAUAAUUUGCCUAGAGAUAGGAGGGGCUGGCUGAAGUCUCUACUGUAUUUCUUCCCAGCUUUUCUUGCCAUCCCAGCCCAAACCUGGGGCUGCCUCUGCCCUCAUGCCAAGGCAGGGGAAGGACAUCCUGGUUUGUCACCUGGUGUCACUGGAAGAGCUUUGGCCUGUGCUGAGAGCAGGAACGAUUGUUUCUGAGCCUCAUUUAUGAACUGGAUGCCUGUCUUGCCAGAUGAACUGUUCUCACACAGAGCUCCCAGGGCUCCCAGUGCCCUGCCCAGGGCUCCUACUCAAGGCAGCACCUUCUUCAGCUGCCUCCUUCCCUGCUGCUGGCUGCUCCCAGCCCUGGCAUCACCCUCCUGCCAGCCCUGUGAGCAGGGAGGCUUGGAGCUGGGGGGGCUGCCCUGCUUUUUGGGGCUGCACUGCUCUCUGGGCCCAGCUCUGGCAGCACAGUGGGCGUGGGCAGGGAGCGAGUUGCAGAUGUUUGUAGCGUGUUGUUGCCUUUUCUUGCCCCGGGCUGGGGAAGGGGGACGGGGUCUAAGCUGGGCCACCCCAGCAGUGGCUUUGUGGGGACAGGGGGCUGGACCUGAACCUCCCUGGCCGUGGCGGGCAUUACGUCCUGCCUGCACCUCGCCAAGGCCCUGGGGCCAGGCAGGGCCUCGUGAACACUAACACAGACCAGCUCCCUGCACCACCCCAGCUGAGCCAGUAGCCCCAGCUCUUUCGCCUUAUUUAUUUUGAAGAUGGUGGGUCUGUCCUGUGGGCCCAUCACCCCCUGUGCCACCAGCAGCAGGGCAGGGAUCCCCUGAGCACCCCAGCAGGGCCCUGCUCUCUCCUUCUGGUUCUCUCCUGCCUCAUUCCUUGUUUAUUUUUACUGUUUUUCCCCAAUGUUAAAGCAAAAAGCAAUAUUCUGGGACUCCCUGAGGCUGUAUCGCACCAGGAUCCUGCAGUGGCAGCACCGGUCAAUUCACUUGUGCUAACGCAAACUGGAAGGGGGUGGUGCAGGGGGCAUGGGGGCCACAGGGCCAUGGCGGGACAGAGCCUGUUGUAAGGAAAAAAAAAAAGAAAAAGAAAAAAAAAAAGGAAAAAAAUUUGUAUAAAGACGUUAUUUUUGUACUACAUCGGAACUACUCCUGCAUGUCGGCAAUAAAACUUCAUACGACA